UUCAUGGCAAUCCAACAGUCGUCGAGACAUUUCGAUAAACCUCCAAAACGCCAACCUCUGUGAAUGUCUGCACAUCAUUUUAUGGCAAAUCAUCCAAUACUUGUUGAGUUAUUUCAGUCUGAAUCAAAGUGGUUGAAGCCAUCUCUACAGCCAUGCUGCUAGUGUGGCUAUAAAUUAAUUAAAAUCCUAAAUUCUGCAUGAAACAUUGAAGUAAAUUGUGUUGAUACAGUCUAAUUUCUUAUUUUCCCCCAAAAGCGACUGAAUGUAGCAGACGGCUGCAUUUACAAUUCUGAAAAGUGAAGUGAAGGCGACAUUUGCAAAGUGCAGCUGUCAAUAAAGCGUGUUAUGGGAGUUGUAGUUUUACUGCAGCGCCACACACAUGCUUGAGUUUAGAUUUCAUGAUGUGUCUAAAAUAACUACAGUCCACCAGAUUUAUACUUAUAGUAAAAUAAAAUGAAGACACCAAUAAAAAAAAUACUCACCACAUGUUUGUGGUCGAAUUCUUUUUAUUCCAGAGUAUAAAUCAUGAUAAUUACUAACACAACUCUCUUUUAAAAAUCCUUUUCUUUUUUUUAACAUAAACUUUUUGGCCUCUGCUAUGUGAGUAUGCAAGUUCAUGUCCACACGCGUGUGCAAAUAUGUACAGUAUGUUUAAGAGAAAGAGAGGGGUUAAGAGGUUGACAUAUUUUCGGGCAGGAAGGGUUACGGGGGGGGUAGAAAGAAGGAGGCGAAGAAACAGCGGUGGCUCUUGGGCUAGGAGAGGGUCGAAGAUUGAAUUUCUGCCUGACAGCAUUCCCCGAGGGUGUACCGAGCGUGAGAGAGAGCACAAGGGAGAAAGUGAAGACAGUGAGUGACCUACAAACAAGCAUAACUAUCUUCACUUCACCCCGGUUACAGAUUAACACUACAGCGGCCACUGAAGGAGCCACGCUGCUCCCUCUGCCUCCUCCCAUCCCCUCCCUCCUCCCUCCUCCCAAACCAACAUCACACAUCAUGAUGAGGCAAUCGAUAGACUAAACUGUUUCACGAAGAGGGAAUGGUUCAGCCCCAAAAGGCACCCUGAGGUGGAGGUAGAGGAGGAGAGAGUCAUGGUCAUUCUCUGGAUGUGUGAUUAGCUUGAAUCAGCAGCUCUGGCAGACAGACGUGUGAGAGGAAGAAGCCGGUAUCAGUUUGUUUCCCACUGGUUGCACUGGUCAUUGUGAUAAACUGGUCGUGAGCAUGAAGUUUCUUGCAUGUAGAGAGAUUUUUUUGCAUGGAGUGUGUGCACAGUGUGAUUUGCAGUAAAAUGUUGCAGAAAUCUACAAAUAAUUGCUAAACCAGAAGAAUUUUAUUACUAAUUCUGAUUUGUUUUUAAUUGUAUGGUCAGCAAUUUUCAAUGUAGCAUGUUUCUACUCACUCUUAAUGUAAUUUUUCUUGUUUCUAAUGUGCAGAAAAGUGCUCAGUUGAAUUCACAGAAAACACUGAGGUAAGAUUUUGAUGUUUAUAUUUUAUUGAGUGGUUCCUAAAUGUUCUAGGAUAAUAAUGAUGUAUUAUUAGUGAUGCUGUGUAACUGCUAGUUGGAUGUUUUGGCAAAAAUCAAACGACUAAAGGACAAUUUAUUUUAUGUGAAAAAGAUUUAUAUGCACAAAAGUAGUAGAUAUACCUUAUACUGUUUAAUUUAUUUUCUUUUUUUUCCCUUUAUCUACUCAUGUUUCCCCGUUCUGUUGUUUCUGCAUCGCCAGGUUAACCUUAUUUUCUUUCCUCCAGAGCAAAAAGACAAGAAAAGUAAGACAGGAAAGAGAAAAUCAAAGGUUGAGAGAUGGAUAAAAAAGACAAGGGAGGUGGUAAAGGAGGCACAGAAGGAGGAGGGCAGACAGAAGAAAAACAGAAAGCUGAGGAGGCCGGUGAUGAAGACAAGUGGACCAAAGAUCAGCACAACAAGCUGGAGAGGGAGAGCAGCGAGACGGAGCCGAGCGGGGAGGCCAAGAGGGAGAACCGUCGUUGUCAGUGGAGGAGCGGCUGGGCUCUGACUGAGCGCCUGGCCAUCAACGUGUCAGGGAUGCGUUAUGAGACCCAGCUGCGCACCCUCGCUCAGUUCCCGGACUCCCUGCUGGGUGACCCCCGUAAACGACUUCGCUACUUUGACCCGCUGCAUAAUGAACUCUUCCUGGACAGGAGCCGGGUCUGCUUUGAUGCCAUCUUGUACUUCUACCAGUCAGGCGGGAGGCUACGGAGGCCCGCCAACGUCCCUCUGGACAUGUUUUUGGAGGAGUUAUGCUUCUAUGAGCUCGGAGAGGAGAUCAUCGACCGCUUCAAGGAGGAUGAAGGCUUCGCCAAGGAGGAGGAGAGGCCUUUACCCAGCAACGAUUUACAGCGUCGCCUCUGGAUGCUGUUUGAGUAUCCAGAGUCCUCAAGCGGAGCCCGGAUCAUCGCCAUCAUUAGCGUUGCGGUCAUCGUGAUUUCCAUUCUCAUCUUCUGCCUGGAGACUCUGCCUGAGUUCAGGAAUGAGAAGGAACGGAGGGAGAAAUUCACCAUCAUACCUCACCCCACUAUAGCGAACGAAACCAUCAUGAUCCCACCUGGCUUUACUCCCUUCCAGGACCCCUUCUUCAUCGUGGAGACGAUCUGCAUCUGCUGGUUCUCCUUUGAACUCAUUGUGCGCCUCAUGUGCGCUCCGAACAAGAUUCACUUCUUCAAAGACAUCAUGAAUACUAUCGAUUUCCUCGCCAUCAUUCCCUAUUUUGUCACGCUGGGCACCGAGCUGGUCAAAGACAAAGGUGCGCAGCCCUCCAUGUCCCUGGCUCUCAUCAGGGUCAUCAGGCUGGUGAGGGUCUUCAGGAUCUUCAAGCUCUCUCGUCACUCCAAGGGCCUCCAGAUCCUGGGCCAGACCCUGAAGGCCAGCCUGCGAGAGCUCGCCCUGCUCAUCUUCUUCCUCUUCAUCGGAGUCAUAAUCUUCUCUAGUGCUGUCUACUUUGCAGAAGUGGACAGUCCUGACACGGCUUUCACAAGCAUCCCGGAGGCUUUCUGGUGGGCCGUGGUGUCCAUGACGACGGUCGGUUACGGGGACAUGUAUCCGGAGACAGUCGGCGGGAAGCUGGUGGGCUCCAUGUGCGCCAUCGCCGGCGUGCUCACCAUCUCUUUGCCGGUGCCCGUCAUUGUGUCCAACUUCAGCUAUUUCUACCACCGUGGAAUGGAGUGUGAGGACACUACGCAGUAUCACCACGUCGCCACGUCACUCUGGGAAAAGGACAAAGAGGACGAUGAAGGGGAGGAAGAUGAGGAUGGGACGGACGAGGGGCCUGAAUACAUGGGAGAUUAUACACCCCUGUACGGGCAGGACAGGGGUAUCUGCCCUCCUCUUAAUGGGACUCUUCUGGCGGGACUUUGUGCAGGACAUGUAGCUGGUGAUCAGAGGGGGAUAAACUUCUACCUCAAAGAACCUUUAGUCACUCAGGUUUGACGGAGAGCAGGAAAGACAGACAAGAGUUUUCAUGUUAACACUCAAACACUGAGAGUCAAGAUGGAAAGAUGCUGUUGAAAUGGGAGAGGGAGGAGACGCAUACAGUAUGAAACACAAAGACUUGCAAGGCCCAGUUUAUACCGCUCAUGUGAUUAUCGCUCAAAGAUUUGAGACUUUUGCAUGUUCGACUCACCGAUAUAAGCAUAAAUAAGUAAAAGAUAAUCUCUAAAAAAUCCCUGCAUGUCGUCACACAAAACAUACUCCUGUUUAUCCGGAUUCCUUACAGAAUCUUCCAUCCAGCUGAUGAAUGAAAAAUAUUCUAUUUGCUGCACAAUAAAGUAGAUUUUAACCAC